AUGGCACCAGGCAAUGUAGAAUCACAGGUUGCCCCGGCCACCACAUUUACCGAAAAUGGAGAAAUCAAAACCAAGGAGCCGGUUGUCUCUGUACAGCCUGUGCAGGAGAAGGCAGUGGCCCCUUAUACCGUCACUGAGCAGCCUAUGAAUACUCGUCGCCCAUUCAGGACAGUAUGUAUGGGCGCCGGUUACGCUGGGUUGAUGCUGGGUAUCAUUGCAAAGGAGAAGAUGCAAGACCCCGCCAACGAGUUUGUCAUUUAUGAGAAGAAUUCUGACAUAGGAGGUACAUGGCUCGAGAACAGGUAUCCCGGCUGCCAGUGCGACAUUCCUGCCCACAACUAUAGCUAUAGCUUUGAGCAAAACCCGGAUUGGCCAAACUACUAUGCUACCUCGUCGCAGAUCCUGGCGUACAUCAAAAAGACUUGUGCCAAGUAUGGCGUCGAGCCUUAUAUGAACUAUAACCACAAGAUCGUCAGCGCCGUCUGGGACGAGCGGAAGACCAAAUGGCUUGUCAAGGUGCAAAACGGUGACAAGGUCUUCAUUGAUGAAUGUGACAUGUUCAUUUAUGCUGGCGGCAACUUGAACAACUGGAAGUGGCCCGAUAUCAAGGGCCUGCAUGACUUCGAAGGCAAGCUGCUCCACUCAGCGGCGUGGGAUGAGAGUUAUGACUUCACCGGCAAGAAGACGGCAGUGAUUGGAAUUGGUUCCUCCGGAAUCCAAAUUGUGCCCAAGCUCGCUCCGAUUUCUAGCCAUCUCACCACCUUUAUCAGAUCGAAGACGUGGGUUUCCCCGGCUCCUGGCAUUAACGAACCCACUAGCGACGACCCUGAGGCCGACGAGCGUCUGAACUUUACAGAAGCCACGCUGAAGAGAUUCAGGGAAGAUCCCGAUUAUCUCCUUAAACAUCGUCGCGCCGUGUCGGACCGCCGAAACGCCAACUUUGACAGAGCGUACACGGCCUCGCCUCAGCAACAAAAAGCUCAAGUUCUCUACAAGAAGACGAUGAAGGCGCGACUCGGUGACAGCGAAAAGGGCAAGAAGAUCUAUGAUAUGCUUGUGCCCGACUACCCCGUCGGCUGCCGCAGGCAGACGCCAGGUCAAGGGUAUCUGGAGGCCUUGUGCCGCGACAAUGUCGACGUGAAAUGGGACGAUAUUGGUUACGUUACCAGGAAAGGCAUCAUGACCAAGAGUGGUGAAGAAAUCGAGUUUGAUGCCAUUGUUUGUGCGACAGGCUUCCACACGGACUUCAAGCCUCGAUUCCCCAUUGUCGGAAGGAAAGGUAUCAAUUUGCAGGACCAGUACGCUGAUAUCCCCGAGGCAUACUUUGGCUUGACAACGCCCAAUUUCCCCAACUUUUUUACUUUCAUUGGCCCCAACUCUCCCAUCUCGAACGGCUCUUUGAUCCUGGCUAUGCAGUUGACGGCGAUUUACAUCUACAAGGCCAUCACCAAGAUUCAAAGCGAAUCAAUCAGAACAAUCGAAAUCAGCGAAGAAGCAACCCAUGACUUCAAUGAACACUGCCAAGAGUUCUUGAAGCGCACCGUCUGGACUAGUGGAUGCCGAAGCUGGUACAAGAAAGGCACCGUUGACGGGAGAAUCGUCGCCAUCUAUGGCGGCACAACCUAUCACUGGAUGGAGGUAGUCAAGAAUCCCAGGUGGGAGGAUUGGAAGAUCGAAUACAGACAGAGCGAAGGUGGAGGGCCUCGCAAUCGUUUCGCUUACUUGGGCAACGGCUUCACCAAGAGAGAAGCCGCGGGAGGCACAGUCGGUGAAUCCCAGACUUUGACUUUUGAAGGAUUCUGGGACUUGUUUAACUUGCCAGAUAUCUUUGAUUCCGAGCGAGGCGGCGCACGAGGCUACAAGCCUGUUAUGAAAGACCUUGGCGCUAGCCCUGCGGCCACGUCUUAG